UAUUUUACACUUUUGUAAACAUCACCAACUCUUUCUGUUUCCUUCUUGAGGUGCUGAUCCGCCGGCGCCCCCUGCUGUACGUGGUAGGUUUACUGAUCCCGAGCAUCUUCCUCAUGGUGGUGGAUGUCAUCAGCUUCUAUCUGCCUCCAAACAGCGGGACUCGCAUCACCUUCAAGACCAGCAUUCUCCUGGGUUACACUGUAAUCAGAGUCAACCUGAUGGAUGAAAUCCCAGCUACAGCCAUUAAAACACCUCUCAUUGGGGUCUUCUUUGCCGUCUGCAUGGCACUGUUGCUGCUGAGUUUGGCCAUGUCCAUUUUUGUGGUGAAGCUGUUGCAUUAUAGUGAGAAGGAAGUGAAGGAGAUGUCCAUGUCUGCUUGCCUACUGGAUAAAUAUGGCUCAAUGGACCAGAGCCUUGAGAGCACAUUCACUUCCAUGAAGACGCUGGAUGAAGUGGACCAAUCAGGGGGUAGGAGAGAAAGCUAUGAGUUUGAUCUCUCUCCAGAGCCAGACCUGUUCUCUCUGACUGAAGUGUCCAGCAGUGAGUCUCCACUGGAGAAGAUUCUACAGGAGGUGAUGUCUCUCAGACUGUACCUGCAGGAGGAGGACACAGAGGCCACGUCACAGUCUUACUGGGUGCAGCUGUGUCUGAAAGUAGACAAAUUGCUCUUCUGCAUCUACUUGCUUCUCGUCUUCAUCUAUGUUAUGACCCUACUGCUGCUGUGGCAUUCCUGGAGCUCAGCCUGAAAGUCUAAAUCCGGUGGUAAAGAAGAGCUGUAAUGAAAAGAGAAAGAGAAACACAAAAGCAGAGAGUUUAAGGGUAUAGUUACACUUCAUUUUUUAUUUAUUUAUCCCCCACCCCCAACCCUUAAAAGUUGUCUCACAACCACUGUUCCAGAACAUUUGAAGAGGUUUUGGAUUAUAGAAAAAAAUGCUGUGAAUAAUGGCUAGUUUCUUGCUGCAUACUUAUUAUGUAACAUAAGAUCUCAAUGUAUCAUCAGAAGCUUCUGGACUCUUAAAAUGCCAUAAAUUUGCAUUUUAUGAAUCAAGGAUCACAGUUUCAUCCAAUAAGUUUCUACUGUAAAAAAUUACAGGCUAAACAUCAUUCUCAACAUUAGUUUUAAAGUUUUAAUGCAUUUCAGUUAUUAGUAUUAGAAGAUUAAUUAUACUUGAGUAAAUUGACUAAAAAAAGAAAAUUAAAAAGAAAAUUAACAAAAAAAAUAUUGUUUGCAUACUGAGACAAAUAUAUAGUAGCUGGUACCUGAACUUUUCCUUUUGGAAUAUAAAAUAGCUGUGAGCAAGUUGUUUUUGUGUAGUGUGUGAUUUUUGAUGUAAAGAAACUUGUAUUUGUAUAUAAUCUUUUGCUUUCUGUCAAUAAUAACGCUGAAAUAUUUAGCAUUUUUCAUUGCACUUAAAGGGAAGAAACUGUCUUAUGGAAAUAAAUUACCAUUAAUAAACAUGGA